AUGGAGAUCAACCAAACAAUCCUGAAAGAAUUCAUUCUCAUAGGCUUCUCUGCUUACCCACAUGUACAGACCUUCCUCUUUGGGGUCUUCUUUUGCCUCUAUAUUCUCACUCUUGCAGGCAACCUCACCAUCAUGGGAUUGACAUAUGUGGACAGAUCUCUCCACACCCCUAUGUACCUCUUCCUCAGUGCACUCUCCUUCUCUGAGACCUGCUACACCCUGACAAUCAUCCCCAAGAUGCUGGUGGAUCUGCUGAACCAGGACAGACGCAUUUCAGUCGCAGGCUGUGGCCUGCAGAUGUGCUUCUUCCUGGGCCUUGGUGGAACAAACUGCAUCAUUCUCACCUUGAUGGGGUAUGACCGCUUCCUGGCCAUCUGCAACCCACUCAGAUACCCUCUUCUUAUGACCAAUGUUGCAUGUGGACAACUUGUGGCCUCUGCUUGGGCUGGAGGCUUCGUGGUUUCUUUUAUACAAAUUGCACUAACAUUUAGAGUGUCUUUCUGUAUACCCAACCUCAUCAGACAUUUCUUCUGCAACAUGAGGGCAGUUGUGAGACUGUCCUGCAUAGACAGUGGCCUCACAGAAGUCAUUGUAACGCUUAUGUCAAUGGUAGGUUUAGUGGGUACAUUCUUGCUCAUCUCCUUGACUUAUGUGUUCAUCCUUUCUUCUGUCCUCAAGAUCCCUUCAGCUGAGGGUAAGCAAAAGGCAUUUUCCACCUGUGCCUCACACCUCACUGUGGUCAUCAUCCACUUCGGUUUUGCAUCCAUUGCUUAUCUGAAGCCAGAAGCCUCCGGAGGAGAUGACACGCUCAUAGCAGUUCCUUAUACCGUUAUUACCCCUUUCCUCAGCCCCAUCAUAUUCAGCCUCAGGAAUAAGGACAUGAAGAAUGCUUUUAGAAAGAUCGUGAGAAAGAAAGUAGUACUGAAAAAUAACUUUGGGCUGUUGUUGCUGGUUUAG